AUGUCUCUUCUCAUUAGCGUCGAUAACCCUUCCCUCCCACAAUGGGACAAGGACUUCGAGGCCUUACUCCCGCGCUACCACCGGUUUCAAGAUCCGCAUCCUGACCCUUCCAUCCAGCUCAUCGAUGUGACCGAGAUGUGGACCGGCCUUCGAGAUACGCAGCCAGCCGAGCUGCGCUUCUGGCACAAUGCGCUCAGGCUGAGCGUCGAGCGCUACGUGCGAGAGGCCCUGCUCGCCCACUUGCACGACGCGGACGUCAGCGCGGACGCCCACCAGCUCCAUGCGUUUGUGCUCGCCCUCGGCCACCAGCAGAUCAUGUGCGACGUUGACUGGAUCGUGGAGGACAUGAUCCGUCAGCAGAGCCAGGCUGGCGUGGCGAGCCGCUGGUGGGACUGGGAUAAGCGGGUUGCGAUCACGAAUUUCAUUCGGCUGCAUCAUUGCUUCUUUGAGGAUCAGCCAUUACUACAAGGCUUCUUCACGAGCGAGCUUACGGUGAAGGACGGCGACGGCACCGGCACCGGCACUGGCGUGCUCGCGUACUUUAGAACGUCCGCGCGGCCUCGCGUCUUUGCUGUGGAUCAUGCAUCGGGCUUGUUUAGCUUUCAAAGCCCUGUAUUGGACCCGAAUAUGGGGUUCUAUCCUGUGCAGCUUUCGGAAGCGAAAAAAGAGAAGACUGGGGACGUGUGGAAUCUCAAGGUUGCGACGCUUUUUCGUGAUGGUGUGCGGUUUGAACGAAUGUUUCGGUUUCGUAGCAACAUGCAGCGUCAUCGUCCAACACUUCCUCGGUCGAUUGCUGAGUCGAGCCAAAAACGAAUCCUGGACUCGGCUAGAGGACGCAAGUCGCGAAAGAAGCUUCGUGAAGUGUCGCUCAACAGCGUCCGAGUACAGGGGACUUCGGACUUUGAGCGUGCCGCCCGAGAAAGCCAUCCCCAGCUCUUCAGGGCACACCUAGACCAUAGCAUUGGCAAGAGCGAUAUUCUGGGCAAACUUUAUGGAUCUCGUGGACAGUCGCCAGAGCGCCCAACGACAAACAUCAUGCUUGAAGAUUGGGAGUCGACGCCACCUCAACUCGGGACCAUCACAGCGCGAGUGCGAACAGAAUUCGCAGCUCUUCCAUCGUCUCCGUACCCGCAGGCACAUAGCGUUGAUGAAAAUGACUCGCUAUACGCUUUCUCUCCCGUCAGGCCGCGAUCUUUCCUCUCUCCUCUGCGGUCGGACCAAUGUACCAAAACAUGGUACGCGGAUAAUGUUUUUGCGUCCUCGCCACGAUCAUUGGCCGCGCGUCUGCCAGUGCAGAAAGGGAAAAAUCCAUUAAGUUCGUCGUGGCAUUCCGUGAAUCCUCAACCUCUUCCGGGGACCGCACGGCAUGGUUCUUCCGCGGCAGAAAGUGAUGCUCGGGCUGUGCGAAAGCGGGCGGCAGGUGCGGAAAGGGAGAGCUAUGAACGCGUGUUUGCGAAUGGCAUCGCUGGCAGUCAAGGUACAGCCGAGAUCUCACCUCCUGAGAGCGUUGAUGUUGAGAUUUGA